AUGCCGCGACGGCGGCCCCCUCGAGAUGGCCCCGUCGUAAAUAAUCUAAUUAUCUUUGCAGCAGCCAUACUAUUUCUCCCAUGGCUGGUCGACGCUCAGCAGCAGCAGCGACCGCUCCGCCAGCGACACGAGUCGCCCCACGAGAGCCUGGAGGCAGAGGCCGUACACACGAUCGGGGCCACCAAGAUCCCCCAUCCCAUCGAGACUCCCCUCACCUCCGGCCGGCGGAAGAAUACGCUGAGCGUGAACAACGAGAUUGAACAUCAAAACCGACACAUCAACAUCAAGAACGAUGCGAGCGCCAUCGCAACUUUGGCUCCGGCGGAUUCCGCCGUUGCAGCACCUCCUGCAAGACAGUCCACCACCACGCGUGCUGGGCUCUCCUCGCCGCAUAUUGCGCGGAGUCUUGAGGAUUGGGAAGUGGAAGACUUUGUGCUUCUGGCGACCGUCGAUGGGAAGUUACAUGCCAGGGACCGGAAGACUGGCAAGGAGAGGUGGGAGCUGUCAUACGAGCGUCCCAUGGUCGAAACAAAAUACUUUCGACGGAAUAGAUCGGAAAUCGAGGAGGAUUAUGAGUCGAUCCCGAUCGAUGACUUCCUCUGGAUCGUCGAACCGAGCCGAGAUGGAAGUCUCUACAUCUACAGACCCGGUGGGCCAAACCCCGGCCUUGUGAAUACCGGUCUCACCAUGAAGAAGCUCGUCGAAGAAAUGUCUCCGUAUGGAAAUGAAGAUCCUCCCGUCAUGUAUACUGGAGAGAAGAGGACCGAUAUGAUAACGGUGGAUGCCAAUACAGGCAAAGUUAUCAAAUACUUUGGCCCGAAAGGUGCUUUGGUCGGCGGCGAGGGUAACUGCGCGAAUAGGAACUUCCCUAGUGAGGAGUGUACUAGCGCAACCCUGACAAUUGGCCGGACGGAGUACACAGUUGGUAUCCAAGCACGAAAAGAUGGCCAUCAAAUUGCUACUCUAAGCUUCUUUGAGUGGACACCCAACACCUACGACCAAGAUCUACAACGACAGUACCACGCGACGCCCGAUAACAAGUACAUCUACACAAGCCACGAUGGUGGUGUCAUUGGAUUUGAUCAUGACCGAAGCCGGGCGGAUGAGCCCGGGAGGCUGUUCAAACAUAAGUUUGCAUCGCCAGUCGUCCGGGUCUUCGACGUCGCGAGGCCUUGGAACACUGAAAAGAAUGAUCCAGAGCUGAUUAUUCUUCCGCAACCAAUGCCGCCUGAUCAUGAUGAUGAAACAGCAGCUCAACACCGGGCUAGCAGUAUCUUCUUGAACCACACUGAGGAUGGCAGUUGGUAUGCCAUGUCUGGUAGAACAUACCCUCUUGCUGUCCAGGGCACUCAACAAGCCCAGGUUGCACAGCAAGGGUGGCAGCAACACCGACCUUCAUGGGACAUCAUGAACGAAUUGCAACUUUCAGAAGCGCUUGUUGGGCUGCACUCGAUUGAGCAUGCUAGAACGGAGCCCCUGUUGACUAUCUCAGCUCCCCUGGACAAAGAUCAAUUGGACCACACCUUUAACGACAAUGUUCCUGCAUUGAUGGAUGAACCAACUGUGCUACAGCGUUUCCAACAAAUCCCGGGCAUUGCAGCACAUAACCUUCUUGAAUUCGUCAAGAAUCCCGUGUUGAUAAUUUUCUUGAUCGGCUUGCUACUUACCAACCAACGGCAGGUCCGAACUUGGGUUGGCCGUUUGAGUGGAGACAAGAGGUUCACUUCAUUACCGGAAGGUCCGGUGCGUGAGGAUACUCCAGAAAGCGACCAGCUACCCCAAGCCCCGGAAAUUCCCGUUCCCAAGGUGGAAGAAGAACCCAAACCAGCGCCCGAUGCAACUACUGAAAAGGAAGCUCCGUCCCCUCCAAGAGAAGCUCCAGCGCCCCCACAGGCAGUUUCAGAACCAGAUAAGUCAGCCGAUAAGCCAGUCGAUAAACCGGCAGAAAAACCGGCCAAGAAGGCCCACAGGGGGCGUCGGGGUGGAGUGAAACAUAAGAAAGGAAAAGCUGCUGCAGGUGAUGGCUCUGAACCUGCUCAGGAUCGUUCUCAAGAUGGCAAUCCGCCAAAGCCGCAACCUACGGUCGAAGAUGCUGUUCGUGAUGCCCAGAAACUGGGCGAGCAGACAAAGCUGGAGCCCGACAUCCACACCAUAUCUAAUGACCCGUCAGAAGUGUCGGGGCCAAUUAUCCGCAUUGGUGCACUCGAAGUUAAUACUGAAAAGCUUAUCGGGACUGGGAGCAAUGGGACAAUGGUCUUCGAGGGCAAUUUUGAUGGGCGCUCCGUCGCUGUGAAGCGGAUGCUCAUCCAGUUCUUUGACAUCGCGUCUCAAGAGACCAAGCUCCUUAGAGAAAGUGACGAUCAUCCAAAUGUCAUCCGAUACUUUGCUCAACAACAAGCGGCCGGCUUUCUAUACAUCGCCCUUGAGUUAUGCCCAGCAUCUCUCGCGGAUGUCGUUGAGAAGCCACAUCUGCAUCAGGAUUUAGCUCGAGGCGGCGAGAGGGACUUGCCGAAUGUUCUCUAUCAAAUCACCAACGGUCUUCAACAUCUGCACAAUCUUCGUAUCGUCCAUCGGGAUCUGAAGCCUCAAAACAUUCUAGUCGCAAUGGGCAAGGAUGGCAGACCCCGCGUCCUCGUCUCGGACUUCGGUCUGUGCAAGAAACUAGAAGGCGAGCAAUCAUCCUUCCGUGCAACUACAGCCCAUGCGGCAGGUACCUCUGGAUGGCGUGCACCCGAGUUACUCUUGGACGACGAUGCCAAGGAAGGACCCUCGAUGGUCGACGCAAGCACAGAUGGCGGCUCAGGUUCGAUUCUCGUUAGUUCGGAUAUAAUGCCCAAUCGGCGGGCAACUAGGGCGAUUGAUAUCUUCUCGCUGGGCUUGGUAUUCUUCUAUGUCCUCACCAAAGGCUCACAUCCCUUUGACUGUGGCGACCGGUACAUGAGGGAAGUAAACAUUCGGAAGGGCAAGUAUGAUCUCGGCCGGCUUGCCAUGUACGGAGAAUACGGGCUAGAAGCCGACGACCUCAUCGGUUCCAUGCUUUCACCAGAACCUAAACAGCGGCCCAAUGCCCGCGCAGUCAUGGCUCACCCCUUCUUCUGGACUCCAAAGAAGCGUCUCAGUUUCCUUUGCGACGUCUCGGACCAUUUCGAGAAAGAGAAGCGCGAUCCACCUUCCCCUGCUUUGGAGGAACUCGAGCGUUUCGCUCCUCGAGUUGUUCGCGGCGACUUUCUGAAGUAUCUUGGCAAAGAUUUUGUAGAUUCCAUGGGCAAGCAGAGGAAAUACACUGGAACUCGACUUCUGGAUCUCCUCCGGGCUCUACGGAACAAGAAGAACCAUUACGAGGACAUGUCCGAUAAGCUAAAGAAGGAAGUUGGGCCCCUACCAGACGGAAUAAUGCCAUUACCCGGGCUUAAAACCGUGAUAAAGAGGAAGCUCGUACAGAUUGCCUUCCCUCUGGAUACUUCCUACAAUCAAUUGCACGCACAACUCUCUAAGCUGGACUUCCGUCAGACACUCGGUCAACAAACCGCCCCAGAUGUCGGUUUCAUGUAUGGAACCUACCACGGCCCUCAAAAGUACCCAGCUAAUGCCAAUACAGUACUACCGGCGGAGAAAGCGCAGUAUUCUGCUAUCAUUGAUGGAAUACUUGCUUCGAGCGACCUCCAAACCAUCUCCGCGAAACAAAUCCGGAAAGGGCUUGCGGCGCAACUCGACAUUGACCUCUCAGAUAAGAAGAGCGCGGUUCAAGACCUUAUAUUAGAACGAUUCGACCGAGCCUCAAAUGCCCACAAUAUCCCCGUCCCGACUACUGAAACCGCCCCUCCACCUGCCACAAAUGGGUACCAUUCCGGGGUGAAAUCAGAAGCGGAACCUAUACCAUCAGGCUCAGCCAGCAGUCGUGGCAUAUCAACGCCAUCUGCUAUUAAAGAUGAAGACUCCGAGGUUGAUGUCAGCCCGCCAAAGAAGAAGCAGAAGCGGGCAAAGCCUGUGGACGAUGCGAAGCUGGCGGCGAUGCUGCAGGCGCAGGAGAAUAGUAGGGCGAGGCCUACCAGAGGAGGCGUGAAUAAGAAGGCGAGCGUGCGCAAGAAGGCGCCGAAGAAGAAGAGCGAAAAGAAGGUGAAGGCGGAGGAUGAUAGUGAUGUGGAGCUGGAUAGUAAUGGGGAGGUGAAGGAGAAGGUCAAGAAAGGCGGUUUCCAUAAACAGUACCACCUUUCGGCGCCGCUUGCGGAUUUGGUCGGUGAGCCUACUCUCUCGCGGCCGCAAGUCGUUAAAAAGAUAUGGGAGUACAUCAAAGGUCGAGAUCUCCAAGACCCAGCCGACAAGCGCCAAAUCCUCUGUGACGAGAAGAUGCAGCUAGUGUUCAAACAGGACAAGGUGCACAUGUUUACCAUGAACAAAAUACUAGGCAAGCAGCUCUAUGACGUCGAAGAGGAGUAA